GAGAGAGAGAGAGAGAGAGAGAGAGAGAGAGAGAGAGAGAGAGAGAGAGAGAGAGAGAGAGAGAACCGGCCUGGUCGGACAGGUCUGUGCUGAGAGAGGGACAGAAGAAGGAAGGAUGUAACGAGAUAAGACACGUGGGAGGUGUAAAUCCUGGUUUGAGGAGGAGAGGUAUGACGAAUAGGGAGCUGUCCCACGAGCACGUCUGUAUCCCGACAUGCAGCACCAGCAGAAAACCAACAAACCAAACCGACAAAUAACAGAAGAAAAGGACGAAGAGAAGCUCUCCUCGUUUUAGACUCGGCUCCAUCUCUGUUUCUCUGUCCUCGUUUCCUGCCCAGAGGAGGUCAUGUCCCAGUCUGGGAAAGUCCUCCAUCUGUAUGUGGAGGUGAGACCUGCCCCAGAUCAGAGCGGAGGCAAAGGGGCCUUUAGAGAAGAUGGAGGAGGGAUUGCUUCGGGUCAGGACGGCCCUGCGGAGCUCCUGUCUCAGCUAACGACCCAGACGACCUGUCAGAUGGUCACAAAUUCCUCCACUGCUCACCGGCUGGUUCAGGACUGCUCACAGAAACCGUCUCCGUGUCGGAACGCUGACGGUUUCCAGCUCCAUCAGUCCAGCAGCUCGCCGACAGGAAGCAAGAGGAGCGAUGGAGUCUCUGUCCUCCGCUCCUCACCAGCGCCGCCUCCUUCUGGAAGGGUCGCCCUCCCUCACACACCUCCUGGCUGUCGGAGGUUAAACGAGGAGCAAGUCAGCGACGGGAAGCGCUCCGUGGUCACCUUCAGUUACAUUGAGAAGUCCAACGUGAAGACGCUGGACAGUCCCCGCAUGAGGGCGACCAGAGAGGAAAGAUCCAACCCCUCCCACUUUCGAAAACGGCUCAGCGACCCAGUUUGGUUUGGGAGUCCCGAUUCAUCGUGCAGCUCAAGUCCCAAGUUGACUUUCCAAUCACCAGGAAGUCACCAGCAGACGUUCUCUCCCAGCUUUCGCCAACCAGCCUUGGACCCCAUCGGCCGGGCAGCUACCCAGAGGGCUGUGGAGGAGUUCGGCUCCCCUCUGUUGAGGAUUAAACUGGCCCAUGCACUGGAGCAAACCUCGUUUUCACGCUGCAGCAAACAGCCACGCUGUCAGUCCUGGGCUGGCUCUCCUGUUCAGCACCAGAACAUCAGCCCCAAAGACGUCUUCACAGAUCGGAGCCAGACCAUCCUGGGGCUGCCUCGGAGCCCAGCGUCGGACCAGCUCUCCUCCCAGUCCAGACAGCCCUCCCAGUCCAGGCCCGGGCCCUGUGUGGAGACCCAGAGCCCUCGCCACUGGUCGGGAGAGGAGAGGCCGGCGGUGGGAAGCCCAGCCACCAAACGACACAUCCGCCGGACCUGUAACAGGAGCUCUUCACCACAGGGAGCGAUCCUUCAACUUGGCAAUAAUUUAGUGGAGGGCUUGAACCAGUUGAGCGACAGUAAAUCCUCGUCUCCAGCUCACAGCCCUGAAGUCGCUCGCAGGCUCGCAGAGGAGGCCACCAAAGUAUCUUCCAUUUUAUCCGAGGCGAGGAGGUCCUCGUUGCACAAUGCUUUAGGCGAGAUCACAAGCAGCUCAACCUCUGGAGGGUUUCACAAUCAUCCUCCACAUGCACAACCGUCUCAGCAAAUGCUUAAGAUGAACAUCCCUUUAAACGACAGACACAUGCCAGCACCUGACAACACAGACUCUCACCAGCCUGAAAACUCCGUCUUGCAGUCGCUCAGUCAUUCGUAUGAAACAAACUCUUGCGCUAAUUUCGACCAGGACGUUCAGAAACCCCAGCAUCAGAGCUCGGUCUUUCCUGCAGCUCAGAGUUCCCCCGCGCUUCCCUCACGUUUCCUCCGUCCCGCUCAUCCUCCCACUGAGAUCUGCUCCCCCGUGAGGGACCCCAGGUUAUUCCAAACUGAGCUCCGAUCUCCGGACACCCCCACCCUGCAUCGCCGGCUGCCCCCACAGUACACUGGGGACUCCUGGUCCCCGAUCCUGGACAGGACAGAAGACCUGAGCUGUUUUGAGAAAGGGGAUUGCACUGAGCUGGCUCGUAGGCUCUUUAUCAAUCAAAGUGUUGAGGAGGCCCCGGUCAGCUGGACUUCCAGGCAGCAGUGGGGGGAUCAUGUAAAGAACAGCCCACGGCCAAGCUCCGAGCCGGGAUUCGGUUCCAACGAGGACAAACCUCCUGAUGGUCAAUCCGGCCAGCGUCGCAGGGCGCUCAGCCCGACAGCCCAGCAGAAACGGGCUGAGCAGAGGAGGAGGGAGAUCCUGCUCCUGGGACCAGUGGUGCUGGACUCCCCGGAGGAGGAUGAGGGCUGUGAUGAAGAGGGAGACGCCAAUGACAUGGAGGGAUACGAGGCGGGGCAGCAGCCUCGUCUGCAGAGGAUGGAGGAGCCUCCUGAGGCAGAGCAGAACGGAGGCAUGGGGGGGUCGUCCUCGCGGAGCUCCAGCGGGGUGACGGGCAGCCUGGGCGACAGGGACUGUGUGUCCCCAGAGUCCAGUCAGUCCAGUCACCAGAGCAACGAGACUGGAGCCGCCACCUCAGGAAUUCAGACGGACAGCGGCUGCACGGCGCCCGUGCCCUCGCUCCACUGUCAGAGGAUCGCUCGGGCCAAGUGGGAGUUCUUGUUCGGGACCCCUGCUGAGGAGGCUGCUGGCGGGGGGGAGAAAAAUUCUCUGGAAAACUCCACAGCUCCCCCCAGUGGUAACUCCAGUGAGUCUCCCACCCCGACUCCUCCCUCCUCCCUGCCUCUCCUCUCUGCCAAUCACGAGGUGCAGCAUGUGGAGGUCGAGCUGGUGACCCCUCCUCCGGCCAUCAUGGGGUCAUCGCCCAAAACCGGCAUCAUCCGCCGGACGCUCAAGUAUUCAGAAACCGACCUGGACGCCGUCCCACUCCGCUGCUACCGCGAGACGGACAUAGACGAGGUGCUGCUGGCCGAGCAGGAAGAUGCUGACUCAGCGUUUGGGAGCAACCGCAGCGUGCAGGGCACUCCAGGGACGGGCAGCAGCCCUCUGGGGGGUCUGGCAUAUGGGAGGACAGACGGGGAGGAGGUAGAGGACAGGAGAGGACGGAGGGGGGAGGAGGAGGAAGAUGAGGAGGAAGAGGAGGAGGAGGAGGAGGAGGAGGAAGAAAUGGUGAGCUGGGCCAGUGUGAGGAUGCAAGGAGACAACAGGAAGCAGCAGUUUGCAGCUCAGGAGGAUCCAGACGUGUUCGGACACCUCCUGCAGAGACCAAUGGAAACCUUUUUCGACAACCACCACCCGGCCCUGAAAUCCCCCAUCUUGGUCUCGGGUCCUCGCUGCGCUGCGGAGGACACCUUCAGCCGUCACUUUGAGAGCAUCAUGGAGUCUCACCGGGCCAAAGGGACGUCGUACAACAGCCUGGACAGCGAGGAGCUGCUGACCUCCAGCACGCAGACCGUCCUGACCUUUGACCUGCCCACACUGACCCCUGCCAUCCACGGGCUGGUGUGUCACAGCGCCAGGCAGAUCGUCAAGCUCAGCUUCGCCCCGCUGGCGCACGAUGAGCGGCCCAGUCUGUCUGACUCUAUCUUCACCGUGACCGGGGACUCGGACGCCACCAGAGCGCCCUCCAGCGAGAGGCUGAGCAGCGGUUCAGAUGACACGCCACCUAGAGGACGGGAGUGUACACAGCUGGGGAGCAGCUGGUACAGCAACCCGUCUGUCUCUUUACCCAGCAGGGAGAAGGCUCGCCUGGCGACGGACUCGGAGCUGGACCAGGACCUCAGCGACCGGUUGGGUCUCAGCAGCAGCGACACCCUCACCAACGGCAGCCACCGAGCCGACGUGGCCGCCGCCAGACGCCUCGCCAAGCGUCUCUUCAACUUGGAUGGCUUCAGGAAGUCAGACGUAGCUCGCCACCUCAGCAAGAACAACGACUUCAGCCGCAUGGUGGCAGAGGAGUAUCUGAGUUUCUUCAACUUCACAGGCCUCGCUCUCGACCAAUCACUGAGGACGUUCCUCAGACAGUUCGCUCUGAUGGGGGAGACCCAGGAGCGCGAGCGGGUGCUGUCCCACUUCUCCAGGCGGUUCCUGGACUGCAACCCCAACGUGAUGCCCUCAGAGGAUGCAGUUCACACUCUCACCUGCGCCCUGAUGCUGCUCAACACGGAUCUCCACGGUCAAAACAUUGGCAAGAGGAUGUCGUGCACACAGUUCGUCGGCAACCUGGAGGGACUGAACGAAGGCCUGGAUUUUCCCAAGGAUCUGCUGAAAGCGCUCUACAACUCAAUCAAGAACCAGAAGCUGCAGUGGACACUGGACGAGGAGGAGCUGCGGAAGUCCUUCUCGGAGCUCGGGGACAGCCUGAGCGAGACCAACACCUCCAGGCCCAUGAAGAGGGUGGUCAGCAGCGGGAAGCCCCUGGCCGACGAGGCCGAGCCCUCGGGAAUGCUGCUGUACAAGAACGGGUUCCUGGUUCGCAAAGUCCACGCCGACUCGGACGGCAAGAGAACGCCGAGAGGGAAACGAGGCUGGAAGACCUUCUACGCCAUCUUGAAAGGGCUCAUUCUCUACCUGCAGAAAGGCGAGUACAGGCCUGACAAGCAGCUGUCGGAUGAGGACCUGAAGAACGCCGUGUCCAUCCACCACUCUCUGGCCAUGAAGGCGUCAGACUACAGCAAGAGGCCCAACGUGUUCUACCUGCGCACCGCGGACUGGAGGGUGUACCUCUUCCAAGCACCGAACGCAGAGCACAUGCAGUCCUGGAUCACCCGGAUCAACACGGUGUCCGCCAUGUUCUCAGCUCCUCCCUUCCCGGCGGCCAUCGGCUCCCAGAAGAAGUUCAGCCGGCCGCUGUUGCCGGGGACGAUGUCAAAACACUCUGAGGAGGAGCAGGUCAGAUCCCAUGAAUCUCGAUUCAGAGCCAUCUCCACGGAGCUGGCUGAGCUGCGCUCGUAUCCUCCCGACCGCAAGGUCAAAGGCCGCGAGCUGGAAGAGUAUCGCCAGCGAGACGAGUAUCUGGAGUUCGAGAAAACGCGUUACGGGACCUAUGUGAUGCUGCUGCGAGCUAAGAUCCGGAGCGGUGAGGAGGACCUGUCGGUGUUCGAGGCCCAGCUGCUGGAGGACAACGGGCUGCAGAGGGCUCACUCCAGCCCCACGCUGCAGGACAGCAGCCAGGCCAGCCAGGCCAGCCAGGCCAGCAGCACCAGGGACGGGGGCAACAGCAGCAGAGCCAGCGGCUGCAGCAGCAAAGUGCGACAGGAGGGUCAGAGACACAGCUACCGACAGGCCGUGAAGAAGUGAGACAGGGUGGGGGCGCCGGGAGCGGCACGGCGUUGCACUGCCAGCGGCAGGCUGUCUCCCUGCAAAGGUUUUUAUUUGAGAUCCAGAUGGGUUUGGAGCUCUGCUUGAAGGGGGAGCUGCAGUGAGGGUCUCCCCCACGCUCUCCCCCGACCAUGACGCCCUACCCGGCACCCCAAUCCUCUCAUCUAACAGAGGAGGUGCAGAUCCUGUGACUGGCGGAGUGGCUGGGGAACACCAGCGAGGCUGCAGGAGGUGGGAGGAAACAGACCUGCAGGGACGAGGUGUCUUUGAGAACCAACGCUGGUUGCGGUGGCAGACUGUCCCGUGCACCGAGAUAAAGAGCGUGCACACAGGGACCUACAUCCAGCAUCCUUUCCCCCCUUCUGUUCUUUCAAGGCACCUCUCCGACCACGUCCUCCCUCCUUCUUUCUCUCCUUUCACUCAGUUUUGGGACCAAACACGUUUACACAUUUUAAAGCAUCACACUCACGAUGACUGAUGGUUUGAUUUCAGCUGAACUGCUGUGCUAGUCAAUGGACAGAGCCAUUACAUUCCAGCUCCUUUCUUUAUGCCACAUCACCACGGUGUGAGUUCACAUUCCAUACAGGAGACGGACAUCCCAGCUUUUCACUCCUGAAGGCGGAAGCGAGCUGAACCUGUGGACGCCGCGCGACACGUCAUGAGGAAGUGUUGAGGCUGGAGCUGCGGCACUGAACACGCUGAGAUGGUGCAGCUCCGUGCAGCUCGUCUCCUCUUCUCUCUCGCCGCCCGUGUCCAGUCCGAGGCGGCAGCAUCAGUAGAAGUUCACAGGACUCCUGAUACGCAGCAGCCAAACUGCAUCUCAUCAGCAGAGCUCUUUCCUUUGCUGCGCUUGAACAGGCGAUCUCUUUCUUGCUCUUGCUUCUGUCCCGUGACGUGCUUCUGUUUCUCUUUCUUCUUCUUCUUGGCCGAAUGUUGUUUUUCUCCAGUGAUCCGCAUGCCUGCAUCCAGCACCGCUUCUUUUAGGCCUUUUACUGCAAAAACCGAGAGCGAGCUCAGUUCUCUCUGGGGUCGUUUGAGUCGUCCGCCUCAUGCCGGUGCCAACAUGCGUAAUCUCUGUCUGUACUUAUAGCCUCUCAUUUAUAAACCCUGUUUGAACACUCACCAGGCAGACCCUGAAUGUUCAUGGUUUUCAGUAUUUUUACAGGAUUUUACAGUCGUUUGUCAAUGUUGGACAUGCUCCUCCUGUGUAUGUCAAGUGUGUGAUGAAAUAUGAUAUUGAAAAAAAAGAAAAUAUGUUAUCCAUACUCUUUGUAAACAUUCAGGAUGUGUUGUGUAUAUAUAACGCACCCCCUGCUGUACGCUGAUAUCGUAGGAUAUAUUUAAAAUAUAUUCAACACACUAUUGUGAUUAUUAGGUACACACACACACAGCUGACGUCCUGUGCGUCCGAAAGCGCUACAUGAUAAUCACGCGUUGUUUUCUCGUUGUUUUUUAUUUCUUCGUACAAUUCAGCACAACGUGAGUAUUGUAGUAUGAACCUGUCGGAGGUCAGAGGUCAGAGGGUGUUUACGCCCCGUGACGGUGAAGCUGAGUCGCGUGGGAAGCGUUUCGAAGGCGUGCAUGGUUCGCUGUGACCUGAGAGCAUGACUUUAUGAUCAGGGUCCAUGCUUUUGUAAGCGAUGCAUGAAAAAGGUGACGUGUAUAAAAAAACAAAGAGAAGUGCGAUGGUGAAGCUCCUCAUUUCGGGGGCAGUGGGGCAGACUGGUAACGUUUGGAACAUUAUGGUUUCCGUAGCCACACACACCUCAUAGCGUUAUUAUAUCGAUGUAUCGCCAUUUUCUACUCAGGCUUUUCUUAAAAUGACACCUUGAGCAGCUGCGGUGCCGGGGUCCCACCAGCAGGGAGAGCUGUCAACAUCCAGUUAGGUUCUUUCAGCCAUAAUCGGAAAACCUGCUGCACCUGCAGUGAAUAUGCAGUGAGUCGCCCACUCACCUGAGCACGGGGGGGACAGGGCUAAUCAGACAGGACCUGUUUGUACUACUAUGGAUGUCAAGUGUGUGUGUGUGUGUGUGUGUGUGUGUGUGUGUGUGUGUGCGUGUGUGUGUGUGUGUGUGUGCGUGCUGGACGUUCAGAGGUGCCUGUUUUAGAGGCUGUGGAAUAUUCCGGCCUAAUCGGAGCAUGUAGUGUUUUUUUCUCUCAGUCAAGAUCCUGAAACUAUUGUAAAUUAAUCAAUCAAUCAAUCAGAACGUUGAUCUGCAAAUAUUUUUGACGAUUCAUUUAUUGAUUUCGUCAGUUUUAAAGCAAAAAGAAAAGGUAAAUAUUCCCCCGAUCAAGCUUCUUGUUUACGUGCUUCUUUGUCUUGUGUCGUAGGAAAACAGUUCUCGUAUGUGCCAAUCAUUUUUUUUGUCUUAAUGUUUUAUCUUUAAAAUGCAGAAAUGUCUAAGAUGACAUGCUUAUAUUUCUCGUUUAGUCAAAACAAAUUGUCCAGCACCCUAACAUUUUUUUUUUUGAUUUUUUAAUUAAUGACCCAUAUGAUUAACCGAUUACCAAAAUAUUUUCUGAUUCACUUUUUGUCAGUAAAAUAAUGGUUUCGGUUCUGAAAAGAAGAAAUUUGUCGUCGCUGAUCCAUAAUGAAAACAAUCCACAUCAUCUCUUCCUCGGCUCUGCUUCAUAUUUGUCACUGUUAUGACAGUUUAAUAAAACUUUAUGUGCAUUUUGUUGCCACACUUGACAUCCUGAACCGUUUCUCAGUUGCGUAACUAAACGUUACAGCUGGGUUUUUAUAAUUAGUCUGUAAAUCUGCUGUUUAUGAUGCAGCCAAACUGUCGGAGAGCAGCCAGACGGUGAGAAGAGCGACGGUGACUCACAAACUGAUUCAGUUACAUCAGAGAAAUACAAAUAAUCCAUCAAGAUAAAAGAAUCUCUCAGAAUUAAUCCUCCAAAUUUGGAAAUCAUUUUAUUCCAAGUGACUGUCACCUACUGGAUUACACCGUGACCUGAGCAUCCCUCACUGUACGAACAGCCGACACACAACGUCCACACAUUUUAAAGAGUUUUAUUAUUUUUAAAUGUCCUUGUUUUUCUCUGAGUCACCUGCAAAUUAAUCUGCAGCUAUUUCAUCAGAUUAAUCAUCAGUCACCACAUCUGCUGCUUGUGGCUUCAAACAUAUGAAGAUUGACACGUGACAGUAAAAUAAAACACCGACAUUUAAAGAGUUGAUGAUUUAACUGAAAAAAAUCAAGUUUGACCUUUUCAGGAAACACUUUGAAUUUGUCUUUUCAACGUGUUUCGGUUUCUCCUGGAAUCUAUCAAUCAAACAACUAUUCAUGGUGUAGGUCACCUGAUUCCAUCCAUUCAAAGUAUUUUCGGAUCCACACAGAACUGGUUCAGACUCGUGGCUGCUGUGGCUCCCAAGUGUUUCUCCACACAGAAGGUCCGACGAUAUUCUUAUGCCAAAAAGCAAUGAAUAAAUCAAUAGGUGAAGCAAAAAUAGC